AUAGUAACAUUUUACUAGCGUACAAAACGAACUCGUUAUUUUAUUAAUUGAUUAUUACAAUAUUUACAUGAAUCAUUCAGUUGUGCAAGUAAGUACUUAAAAAAUUAUAUUUUAUAAAUGCAGUACAUAAUAUAGUAUACAUAAUACUUUUUUUACAAAUAUGCUUGCACACUCUUGGAAUGAGAAGAAAUUUGACUAAAUUGUCUUUUUUUAUUGCACAAUUUUUCUCCAAAAAUAAGACUGAUAAGUUCCACCACAUCUUAUUUGAUAAAUCACAGAAAUUUUUUCAUAAACUUUAAAUCAUCAGGAGAUUCAUAUGCAAAAAUCCAUUGGAGUAAGGAAAUAUAGAAGUCGUUCAGCUGUUAGUCUUGUAAUCAUUCGAGUAUUGAUAUGUUGACUGUGUCAAUCAGGUUGUUCGAUCAAGAGAUUUUUUUCUGAUCGAUGUUUGAAGAAUCGGCAUAAGACUUUCCUAUCUCUUAAUAAACUACCACAUGAUAUGGCUACUACUAAUAAUCCUGCUAAUAUCCAGGCUCUGAAGGACAACACUUAUUAGGUCCACAACAUUCUUCCUCUUCUUUACAUAUGCCCCACUCGCAGUAAUCUAAGGCUGAUAUCUGCAAACAAUAUAUGAUGAAGCAACAGAUCAUUGUAACCUAUAUUUUUCAGAACUACAAUCCUAUAUCCAAUACAGAAUAAUGAAAAUAAUUCUUUUCGUAAAGUCAGCCAUUGUGAAACAAAAGAGGGUAAAUCAACAAUAAACAAAUAAUAACUUCAAUUUACAUUAUUCAUCAUCUCUUAGCUAGCUGCAGACCCAAAGUGAGAAAGUGGCAGCAUACUAUUAUGACACAUUCACACAUCUGAUAAAACUGAGGUUACAAACUUACAACGCUUGCAAAUAAAAUAAUUCCUAUAUGGUUCGUAUAUUUGUCACUAGUAGUAGUCUGACAGUAGGAACAUUCCUAGCACAUUAGCUUAACUGGUAACUUUCUUCACGUAACCGAGAUCAGCCGAAAACAGAAUUGCAUUUAUACACGUGUAUACAAAGUGCAUCUUGAUUUUCAAAAAUUGCAGCCCAAAAAUUAAACGAGACAAUGUCGCUGUCUCCACAGACCAAACAGAAAAUAUCGGUUGUGUUGAAUGUUUCAAAAACUGUAUUCCACUGGGGAUUCAUACCUGCAGUACUGUAUUUAGGAUUUCGAAGAGGUGCUGAUCCCGGAAUGCCAGAACUUUCCUUUAUGCAUUUACUUUGGCAGUAAAAAAUUUGAUUCCAAUUUGACCAUGGAAAAAAUUGAAGGAUUUCCAGCUCACCUGCAAACCCUGUAGAUAAUUUUUUACAAGAUUUUUUGUAAUUAUUUCUUCUAAGUUGGUACAAAAUGUAUGUAACAUUCAAAAUAAAUGUCGUUCUAUAGUAAUCCUAUUUUUUAUUAAAUAAUCAGUUAUGUAUGUUUUAUUUAAAAGCAAAAUGUAAUUUAAAUUA